AUGAGCGACAACAGGGGCGGUUACCGUGGAAGAGGCACCCGAGGCCCUUCUGGAGGGCCAAGAGGUGGUCGAGGCGCCCCUGGAGGGCCAGGCGGCGGUCGGGGAUUCCCUGGAGGGUCAGGCGGCGGUCGAGGCUCCCCUGGAGGGCCAGGCGGCGGUCGAGGAUCCCCUGGAGGGCCAGGAGGCGGUCGAGGAUCUCCUGAGUCGUACAGAGGGCGCGGUUUUUCUGAUUCUGGCAGAGGUGGUCCUAGAGGGUUUGGUGGAAGGGGUAGACCAUUCCGUGCUCGCGGAGGCGUGUUCCUGGCGGGUCGACCCGCAAAUGUAGACGACCGGAUUGCUAACAAUUCAGACAAGACACUCGUGUCGUCCUUCCGCACGCAAGGAAGACCAGACCCUGACGAAAUGCCCUUGCGCCCUGACUUUGGGACUGCGGGCAAUGAAAUCAAACUCCGUGCGAACUUCUUUCCUGUUCGUAUCCCCAAAGGUCCGUUGUAUGAAUACGACGUUGCAAUUGCCCCCGCUGCUGGAACGUCGCCGCGCCGCGUGAAGCGCCGAAUUUACCAACUUGCUGAACGAACGCCCGCGUGGCGACAGGCUGGCCUUUCUGGGCAGGUGGCACAUGACAACAGUGCCAAACUAAUUGCCGCCAAGAGGCUCCCUCAGCCGUUGACAAUCAAGGUUGCUUACUAUGAUGAGGAUGAACAAGGCCCACCUGCGACCGGUGGCAAGGAAUACACAUUAACAAUAAAAUUCAUCCAGGAAAUCGAUACGAGCUGCGUUACGAGGUACAUCCAAGGUGAUCCCCAGUACCGCAAUUUCGACAUACUGCCUGUUAUUUCAGCCCUGAACGUAAUUAUGGCGUCCAGUCCUGGAGGAACAGGUGUUGUGGUCGGGCGGAACAAGUACUUUUUCCGCGAUGCUGCAGUGCCCGUCUCACUUGGCGGCGGCUUAGAAGCCCUCAAGGGGUUCUACUUCUCCGUCCGCCCUGCGCAUCAUCAGCUCAUGGUCAACGUCAAUGUUUGUACCACGGCAUUCUAUGUAGCUCAGAACUUGGCAGAUGCCAUGAUUGAGUUCCGUAACGCUACCUUUGGGGCCCGGAUGAACGCUUUUUGCAAGGGGGUGAGGGUGAAGACUACCCACCUUGGGCACCGAAGGACCAUCAAGGACGUCUCACAUUUCAAUGCAAAGCAAUACAGAUUCCGGGCAGAGGAAUUUGGAACGGAAGUUACCGUAGAACAAUAUUUCAGGCGAAAAUACAACAUAUCACUGCAGCGCCCCGAAAUGCCGCUCAUCAAUGUUGGUGGUAAAGACAAGGCAAUUCUUCUGCCCCCUGAAGUUUGCACCAUACUACCGGAUCAGCCCUUUCGCGGAAAGCUCUCAGACCAGCACACCGCGAACAUGAUAACCACGGCCUGCCAACCCCCCAAUGUCAAUGGUGAGGCUAUUAUUAACCAAGGUCUUGAUCGCCUUGGCUUUCAGUCGUCCGGAGCCGUUCUGCAAGCUUUUGGAGUGGGGGUUGGGCGGGAGAUGGCAGUUGUCCCUGGUCGCAUCCUCUCGAGACCUGCAAUCAAGUACUCCCAAAACAACUCUCCUGCCAUAGAUGACAAGGCGUCGUGGAACCUUAGAGGGAUCAAGUUCGCCACUGGCGCUACCCUUGAGAAGAUGGCUGUCUUGGUCAUAAAGGACGGGAAACCAAGAGACGAGUUCGCAGGAGCCAAUGAUCCGGAGCUGCGCGACGUGGUGGCCGGUUUCCGUAAUAUGUGCGCUACCAGUGGAAUGAGGCUGGGUGGAGAGCCCACCUACCUCGAGGCCCAUCUUCCUGCUAAAGAAAAUAGUGACCCCAUGCGCAAGAAAGCUAUCGAUAGCAUUCGCCAAGCCCUACGCACUACGAAGGUGAAACCCACCAUUAUCAUGGUGAUGCUUGCCGAUGGCGACAGAGCGGUAUACGAGGGUCUUAAACAUCUUUGCGAUGUCUUCCUUGGGGUCGCCACGGUGUGCGUACAUUCCUCUAAGAUCAAAAAGCAAAGUCUGCAGUAUUACGCAAAUGUGGCACUCAAGUUCAAUAUGAAGCUGGGUGGCGUUAACCACAAUUUGAACGACCCUGGCAGCGUUAGAUGGCUUGGUGCCGCGCCGACCAUGAUAGUCGGUAUGGACGUUACGCACCCUGGCCCCGGAAGUGCCAAAGGAACCCCGUCUAUUGCCGCAGUCGUUGCCAGUAUUGAUAAUCAAUAUGCGCAGUACCCUGCCUGUCUUGAAAUACAGGAGACGAAGAAAGAAAUGAUCACGAAGCUCAAGGAUAUGAUGAUCAGUCGUCUCGAAAUAUUCAAAAACCGCAACAAAAAGCUGCCAACCCGAGUCCUGGUAUAUCGUGAUGGGGUCUCUGAAGGACAAUUUAACAUCGUACGAGAGGAAGAAUAUCCCGAGAUCUUGAAGGCUUUCCGGAAGUUUGACGCGCCCAAGCAACCAUACCGGCCCACGCUCACUAUCGUUAUCUGCGGCAAGCGGCAUCAUACACGUUUCUACCCUACGGAGGAGAGUACUGCUGCGGGUGAUGGAAAUCCGCGUCCCGGAACCGUUGUCGACCGUGGCGUGACCGCCGUAUAUCACUUUGAUUUCUUCUUGCAAGCGCAUGGUGGUUUGCAAGGUACCACGCGUCCCACUCACUACUAUGUCGUUCACGACGAGAACGGGUUCAAUGCCGAUCAAAUUCAAGGACUGACCCAUGCUCUGAGCUACAUGUUUUCUCGCGCAACAAAGGCUGUUAGUUUGGUUUCACCGGCGUAUUACGCCGAUAUCGCGUGCGAGCGUGGUCGGUGCUACUUGCGCAAAUUGCUGCAUGGCAUCGCCGGGGAGGGAACGACGGCCAGUGGCAGUGGUUCCGAGGAGGACGUCAUGAAGGAAGCCCAGAGCCUAUGGCACAAAGGCGUGCAUGAAGCUAUUAGGAACACCAUGUUCUAUCUUUAA